AGCAGCCACAAUAUGAACUGGCACCCAAAUGGGAUGCUGGUGCUGCCAAGUCACGGCUUUACCCAGCCCCCCUAGUGCUUUCACACAUGAUCUUUGGAAUCGACACAACCCUGGUUGUCUCAGAAAUAAUGGAUAUACUCUUCAGAGUAAGAGGAGGACUUGAUCUAGCUUUUCAGCUAGCUACUGCUAAUGAAAUUUUUAUCAAGAAGGCACUAAAACAUGUGCUAAGUGACCUGUCAGCCAAGCUUUCUUCAAAUGCACUUGUGUUCAGAAUCUGCCAUAGUUCGGUUUAUAUAUGGCCCAACAGCGACUUCAACACCAUUCCAGGGGAACUGACUGAUGAUUCUCCUUGUAAGAACAUAAUGCGCUUUAUUCAACUUGAACAGGAAGAAGAUACAAAACGAAAAUUCAUGAAAAAGAAAGAAAAAAAGUCAUCAGACAUGCAUCAAAUAGUAAAUAUAGAUCUUAUGCUGGAAAUGUCAACCUCUCUGGCAGCUGUAACCCCCAUCAUCGAGAGGGAAAGCGGAGGACACCACUAUGUUACUAUGACUUUACCUGUCGAUGCAGUUUUAGCUGUUGCUCCAGAAGAAACAUGGGGGAAAGUUCGUAAACUUCUAGUUGAUGAAAUUCUUAAUCAACUAACUGAUAUGGAAAAAUGCAUUUUGAAAUAUAUGAAAGGAACUUCAAUUGUGGUCCCUGAACCAUUGCACUUUUUAUUACCAGGGGGAAAAAAUCUUGUAACAAUUUCGUAUCCCUCAGGAAUUCCAGAUAGUCAACUACAGGCCUACAGAAAGGAGUUACAUGAUCUCUUCAAUCUGCCUCAUGACAGACCUUAUUUCAAAAGGUCUAAUGCUUAUCACUUUCCAGAUGAACCAUACAAAGAUGGUUACAUUAGGAAUCCACAUACGUACCUUAAUCCACCCAACAUAGAGACUGGUAUGAUUCACGUGGUCCAGGGCAUAUAUGGUUAUCAUCACUAUAUGCAGGAUCGGGUGGAUGACAACGGCUGGGGCUGUGCUUAUCGAUCACUGCAGACUAUCUGCUCUUGGUUCAGACAUCAGGGCUACACAGAGAGGUCCAUUCCAACACACCGGGAAAUCCAGCAGGCACUAGUUGAUGCCGGUGACAAACCAGCAACGUUUGUUGGAUCACGACAGUGGAUUGGAUCUAUUGAGGUACAGCUGGUACUAAACCAACUGAUUGGGAUAACUUCAAAAAUACUGUUUGUCAGCCAAGGUUCAGAAAUGGCCUCUCAAGGACGGGAGCUGGCCAAUCAUUUCCAGAGUGAAGGAACUCCAGUAAUGAUUGGGGGAGGAGUUCUGGCCCACACAAUACUAGGAGUUGCAUGGAAUGAGGUCACAGGGCAGAUAAAAUUUCUGAUUCUAGAUCCACAUUAUACAGGUGCUGAAGAUUUGCAAGUUAUUUUGGAAAAGGGCUGGUGUGGAUGGAAGGGCCCAGACUUUUGGAACAAGGAUGCUUACUAUAAUUUAUGUCUUCCUCAGCGACCAAAGAUUAUUUAAAACACCCAGGAGUGAAGUGAUAUUAUAAAUGUUAAUAAAGAAUAAGCUUAAUUUCAUAUUAAAUUAGAUUCUGGGUAUAGUUUGAUGGUUUAAACUAAGGC